UUCAAUAAUUUAAUAAUCAUAAUAAAACAUUUUUUUGCAAGUGCAUUUUUCAACAAAGAGUGCCAUUUUGCAAAAAGCUUUUAAAUUUAUUCUACUGUUAUAAUUAUAUUACUAAAAUCCUUAUUUAAAUAUCACGAUUUACGAGAGUUUUUACGACUGACAACCAUUUUCAUGCAUAUUUUAUAUAAGGAUUCAUCGCGUUUUCUAAGUGUCAGAAUUAUUCUGUAAACACCCUAAAUCUAACGCACCAUUAAAUUAACUGACGUUACUGAGCUAAGCGUCUAGGCGUCUUGUUGCUCUUCAUAAGUCAUAGGACGCUAGCUUUGCUGUAGUUUGUUUAGUGUUGAUAUUAGUAGUGUUUAUUUUGAGUAUUUAAAAGCCAUAACAAUAAACACAAUGGUGUCAACUCGCGGGCUGAAAUUUAAAUUUUCGGAUGGAGAAAAAGUUCUUUGUUAUGAGCCAGACCCAACUAAAGCAAAAGUUUUAUACGAUUCGAAGGUUUUAAAUGUAAUUGUAAAUAAAGAUCAAAGAGGUAGAAAAGCUGUAGAGUACCUCAUACAUUUUCAGGGAUGGAAUUCAUCCUGGGAUCGUUGUGUGACAGAAGAGUAUGUUCUUAAAGAUACAGAAGAAAAUCGACAAUUGCAAAGAGAUUUGGCACAAAAGGCCCAGUUACAAUUAGGAGCAUAUUUGUAUAGGAGAGAACGUAAAAAAAGAUGUCAUAAAUUUUCUGAGCGGUCCACAGAAUCAGGUACAGAUGCAAAAAGAAGAGGUAGGAGUAGUGGUAGUCGAGCUACUUCAGGAACUACAGGUUCCUCAGAGGAUGGCAGCUCUGGUCAACAAGAAGAUUACGACACUGAGGAUAUUGUCACAGAAGAUAGUGAGAGUAGCUCUGAGUUUGAAGAAGGUUCAUCAGGAGAUGAAGACAGUGGAAGUGAUGCAGGUGGUCCUCGACAUGAGGUAGACAUUGAAAUAGGAAAUACCCUUAAAAGAGUUUUAGAACAGGAUCAUGUAUUGAUUAAUAGUAAAAAUAAGCUUGCAGUAUUACCAGCUCAACCAACAGUUAUAAGUAUUUUAGAAUCUUGGGUACUACAUUAUACUACCACACAGUUAAAUAAUAUGCCUGAUAAGCGUCAAAGAAAUAGUAAAGCACCAAACAUUUUAGAAAAGACAAUUACAGAUAUAAAUUUAUGUAGAGAAACUGCAGAUGGUAUUAGAGUUUAUUUUGAUCAUACAUUAGGUUUAUUGCUUUUAUAUCCAGCUGAAAGAAGUCAAUAUAGCACUAUCAGGGAGAAGGCUCUUUUUCUACUUGAAUCUAGUGAAGAAUCAAUUACAGUUAAAGAUGAAAUUAUCGAAUCUGAUAUAACUAUAAAAGAUGAAAUGGAUGACUCUGAAUUUGCUCAUCUACCUCCGUUUAAAGAACAAGAAGCUGAAGCUGAAAAAUCUGCUUUGAACAGUACAAGACGUAAAUUAAGAUCUUCACGUGUAAAUUCUAUAGAGGAGCCAAAACCUUCCAAGCCUAUUGAAGAAGUAAAACAGGAAACUGGAAACGUAUCAAGUUUGAACAGUUUAGCAAGUACAAGUUCCAGAUGUUCAAGUCCUCGAGGUGUCACUUUGAGAAUGUCUGCCCCUCCCAUCAAUUCAGCUCAAGUAAAUGAAUUGCUUGAAAAAGCAAGUAAAUGGCGUUUAGUAAAAGAAGGUGCAGCUAAAGCGGCAAUGCCAUCAAACAUUUAUGGCGCCAUUCAUUUGGUUCGACUGUUUGUACGUUUACCUGAUUUACUUCAAAGAUCGGAUAUAACUGAUGGAAAGCUAAAAGUUGUUUUAAAGUAUAUUGAUAUGUUUUUGAGUUUCAUUGAAAUGCAUAAAGAAUGGUUUGGAGAACAAUUUUAUAUGUCAAAAGCAAGUUUUGAGGAGUCCAACACGAACACAGUUCAAUGAGAUAUUGCGUAUGAAUAGUACAUUUCGAUAUCAGUGCGAAAAAGUUAUUUGAACCCCGUGUGGAAGUUUGCGUCCGAGCGAAGCGUGAAGAGGCUAUACGAGGGCGAAAUCACUUUUUCGCACAUGUAUCUAAAUUUUAUUUUUCGAUACAACGUGUGUGCGAUGAAAUUUUAAGUAUGCUCGAUUUCUCGAGUGUGCGUAGAACUCCGCACACAGAGUGUCGAAAAAACUAUUUUUAUAACAUUUAGUAUUAUAUAAGGGCGUUUGUAAGUUUUAAUAAUUGUGACUUUUUACUUUAGUAAUGUGUACGUAUUAUUAUUAGUCAAAAUUUAUUCUCAGUCUACAUGAUUUUAUCAUUAUAUAUUAUAUAAAGUACAAGAAUGUUUAGAAAAAAUACAAUUGAAUGGAAUGUAUGUACAAACAGAAUGACAGUUAUCGUUAAAAAACAAAAUGACCACACAAAGACUGUAAAUGUAAAUAAUAUGUUUUUAGUGCAAUUACCAUUAAAUCUGUAUGAACCAGUAACAUAGUUUAAAAAUACAAAUUAAAAAAAAUCAGUAAAACUGUCAUUAUAAGCGGGUCUUAAAUAAAUA